CUGCAGCAGCUAUGGGCAGCAAGACGCUCCCCGGCUCCGGUCCCCCUACACCCCUCCCUGGCCCAGCUGGCCAACUACUCUCUGCUGCAGAGCUCCACCGCGGGCCUCCACCUGCCCGCCGCCGCCGACCACUUCCCGGGCCUCUACAACUUCAGCGCCCUGCACGCCAUCCACCUCCACCUGACGCUGGGCUACCCCCCGCUGGGCCUGCCGCGCUGCGCCAUCGCCAAGCUGCCCGCCCACUUCUCCGCCGCCAUGGCCUCCACCGCCAUCCCCAUCUUCCCCCACCUGCUGCAGCCCAAGCAGGAGCCGGGGACGACCACCGGCCCGCGCGGCUCCAAGAGCAAGCCCCGCUUUGACUUUGCCAACCUGGCCGCCGCCGCCACCCAGGAGGACCCGCUGAAGGCUGAGGACCUGAGUGUGGCCGGGGCGGCGGCGGCGGCGGCGGCGCUGCAGAACGCGCCCCUGAAGCGGUCCUCCGCGGGGGCGGCGGCCGGGCUGGGCUGCCUGCUGGACGUGGCCAAGCUGACGUCGUCGUCCUCGCCCGAGCGCAAGCCGCCCCGCGGCCGCCUGCCCUCCAAGACCAAGAAGGAGUUUGUGUGCAAGUUCUGCGGCCGGCAUUUCACCAAGUCCUACAACCUGCUGAUCCACGAGCGCACGCACACGGACGAGAGGCCCUACACCUGCGACAUCUGCCACAAGGCCUUCCGGAGGCAGGACCACCUCCGAGAUCACCGGUACAUUCACUCCAAAGAGAAGCCGUUCAAAUGCCAGGAGUGCGGCAAAGGAUUCUGCCAGUCAAGGACUCUGGCCGUGCACAAGACGCUGCACAUGCAAGUCAAGGAACUAAAGCCGGCCAAGAUCAAGUGAUUCUUUUUUGUCAGCUUCGUCAGCUUUUUUUGUUCUUUUUAAAAGACAGGGACACUGGAAAAAACAAAUGAAUCCAAAGAGAACUGCUAACUAUCUUUAAUCUACCACAAACCAAGACUUCUCCUUCAUCAUCUCAACUUUGGCAAACAUCUCUCCUAAUGGUCGAGUGGUUUUGUACAACAUGGGAAGAUUGUUCUGGGAAGAAAUGUAUCACCAGCCAAAUAUACAUAUACAAAUACAUGUAUGCGUAUAUAUAUGUAUUUAUAUUUAAAUAUAUAUAUACAUACAUGUAUGUUUUCCUGUUCACUUGGGAAUGUCUGCAGAGGAUAUUUAUGAUGUGCUUCCGUUCUCAGAUAAAAACCUAAAAGCAGGGGGGUAGUGAUUGAGAAUACGUUUGAUAUGCAUAAACAGAUUUAUCUGAAACAUCAAGAAGAAAAUAAAUAUAUUUUAUGGCUGCUUCCUAAGACUGACACCUUUGAUCUAAAGAUGUCAUAAAAAUGGGACAGGCCAUCUCUUUUGCAAUGUUUUUUUUGUAAACAUUCUUAAUAUGAUUCAAGCCAUGUUUGCAUAGCCAACCUUUUUUCUCCUUCCGUAGUAUCACAUUCCAAUGUUUUUUUUGUACAUAUAUAUCUAAUUGUAUUUUUGCACUUUAACCCAAUUGAUUAUUUACCUAUAUCACUGGAUUUCCUAAACUUAUUUUCAAAUGAAUAGUCAUUUUCUAAAUAAAAUAUUUUUUACUGUA